AUGAGACCUGAGGUCUCUGAUGCGGAGCAGCUGCUCAACUCAUUGCAGGUGGAAGUGGAUCCAACGGAUUCAGAUCCAGGACAUAUGGAGGAGCUGUUGAGCGAGAUCUCUGGGCUCUUCAUGAGGCAUGAGGAGUGCGGGGUGGUGUCCGGCGAACCCUUCCUAGACCUCCUGGAAAAGUCGUUUCAG